AUGAGCUCCACCUUGAGUGACGUUUACCUAGGGUGUUUCAGAGUCUGUGUGAAAGAGACAAGAACGAUUCCACCAAGGAAUAGAAAGAUAUGUCCUAAGCAAUUUCAUGCAUCUACGGACACGAAUAAACGAAGAUUCGAAUGUGACAAGUGCGACAAGGCAUUUGCUAAGCGUUCCCUUAUAAUAAGACAACAGAAAAGAUUACACUCAACUACUGGUUUGCAAGAUGGAGAAAGCAAUGUACCAUUGAACUCCAAGUCGGUAGUUGUAGAUGGCCAUGAUAAUGAUUCUGACUGGCAAGAAGAUCCAGCUGACCUUAUUUAUGAGACAGGCCUUAAAGUUGGUAAAACCAUCAGGAAGAAAACUUCGCCCAGUCUCCCUGUAGUCAAGCGCAAGGCAGACGAACUUGUAGACAAGGUGCCUGACCAAUGUGAAGACAAAGGUUCAACCCUGGUAGAUGGUGGUAAGGAUCAUGAGGCGCCCAUGGUUUUACAUCACUUCCCCUGCUGUAAAGAACAUGUUAUUAGGUUGGAUGUGAGCACUCAGACGGACAGAAGUCGCCACCAGAGAACAGUUAGAGUUGUGAGGAAGUACCAAAAGGAUGGUGAAUGUGUGGAGAGAGUUGAGGAAGACAUUUGA